AUGCCAAAAAUAUUGAGUGAAUCACAUGAAAUUAUAUCGAAUAGAUCGGACAUCCAAUUAAAAACUGAAGAUGAAUCGUCAUCAAACCAAAAGGGUAGUUUAGUUUCAAAUAAAAUGGUUUCUAAAGAUGUUUAUAAUAAUAGAUCUAGCGUCCAGCAACUAUUAUCAAGAAUAGCUCAAGAAAUUGAUGAAAAUAAGCCAAAGGAUGUAAUACAUUUUAUUGUUGACUUUCUAUGUAAACAUUAUCCAGAACAUUUGCAUGGUUUUGAAGCUGUAUGGAAUGGAGACCCAGAUUUAGAAAAAGAAAGAAUAUUAGUUGUGGAAUUUUUUAAAUCACAAAAAUUACCAGCAGAUAUAUCUGUUCAUUUUAUCAAUGCAGGGUUUGAUACUAUAGAAACAUUAUGCACAUUAUCUACAAAUUCUCUUGAUGAUGUAGAAAAAUUUAACAACACUCGAUGGCUACCAGGGCAUAAAGUCCGAUUACAACAAACCUUUAACGAUAUUACAACUAGGGUUAAAAACUUCAAAGAAGAAAGAGAUUCAUUAAUAAAAUCGAUAAAUCAAAGAUUUAUAAGUCCACCCCAUUUACUUAAUUCCAUUAUGAUUCCCAAAAGAAUGAAUCCUAUAAUUUUACCAAGUAUUCCUCAUAUAUCUUCACCUAUUCAAAUUCCUAACAGAACAAGUAAUUAUACAAAUAUUGAUAAAAGAUUUCAUGCACCUAUUAUUUUCAAAAGAUGA